ACCCUCAGGACGGACCUCACUCCGGUUCUGAUUACACGCUCGCUGACUUCGGGGCUCAUUAUAGUCUGGAUGGACUUCAUUUUUUAUGCAUAGCAAAUUGCGACCCGGUUAAUUGGCGUUGGCACGUCUUCAGAUGAGAUUCAUUAUGAGAGAUUAAAAAKUAAGUGCGGGUCGAAAAAGGUCAACGGGACCCCAGGGAGAUGCGGAYUGUGACUGGGUUUUGGUUCCACAAACUUCGAAUGUGGAGAGUGAUCUAAGACUCAUCAUCAUCAUCAUCAACUCUUCAACCUGAGCAUCAGAGGAAACAUGUCCAAAGAAGUCGACAGAACGCAGGUGUUACAGAACAUCCGCGUGCGGACGUCGGUGAAGAAUGACGGCAGCUGGAUCAAACCCAAAGACAAUCAAGCCAAAGGGAAAGGUAAUCCUGCUMCAGAGAAAAAAGGUUCCUACGUCCUGUCGGCAACCAAGAAAUUUGAAGAUCCCACCAAACAGGCAAAUGAUGAAGGUAACCCUGCACCAAAGAAUGCACCAACCAAAGAAACAACAGUGGAUAUUGUGGCUGACACAAAGCUCCAAUCCCCCACAGAACAGCUGAUUGAAAAUGGUAAAACACAAGCAGACAAAGUGUUUAAAGAGAACAAGAAGGCAGAAGCCAGUGCACCAAUAGACAAGCCUAAUGUGGAUAACAAGAAGAAAGCUGAUGAGCUCUCUGCAGAUAAUAAAGAAGAAACCCAACCAGCUACUGCAGUAAAGCAGAAUCUGGACGCAGCAGCUCCCGCAGAGCCAGCAGAGACAACACCUGCCAAGGAAACUCUUGCAGUUGCAGAUGAUAAGAAAGAACACGCUGCUGCUCCUCCCGACCCAUCAAAUAUAGAUAACAACGAGUUCAAGGCUCCAUCUGAUGCUAAAAUGGAAAACUGGGUUCCAGAGGCCUUUGCUAGGGGGGCCACAUCUGGUAGUUCAGGCGCUGCUAAAGUCCAACUGAAGCCUCCGGAGAUCGUUGCAACCCAAACAGAGCCAGCAAGAGCUACCAAUUUGGAAACUGAAAAUCAAACAGUAUCCAUUCAAACUGUGAAUGAUGGUGAAAAGAAAAGUCUUCCGACGGAGACAAAGGACAACGCGGUGGUCCUGGCUGCGAAGAUCAUGGUGGAGUCUGUGCCUGAAACAGCCAUCUACACUGGAGCAGAUUCUGACCUGCAGGUUGAACCUUUGAGCGACUCUCCUGCUCAGCCUGCCGAGAAAACCCCCUCAGGAGACGAGGCCCCAGCAUCUCAAGACGUGCAGCCAGUUUCUGACACUCUGUCUGAGUCGCCUCCUGCUGACGCUGUUGUCAAGUCCGCAGAGCGAGAUUUAGACUCUGCAGGCCUUCCCCACGCCGAGCCAGUUUCAGAGACCAGGACUCAGGAGGUUAAAUCUGCUCCAGAACAAAGUGUCAAACCAAAGCACCAAGUAGAUGUGGCAGUGCUGCCUAUCAAAGAGGUUGUCGUACCUGCGCUAGAUGCUGAAGCUGUUCAGGAUAUUUCAGAUUUUAGAGCCAUCGAUCUGACAGAGGCUUUAGAUGUUGAACCUCAAAGCAACAAACCUGCUCCUAAACCUGAAGAUUCACAGCAAACUGUCCCAGAAAAGCAAAAACAGCAGGAUGACAAUACCAAAAUUUCUGAAGCCAGGUUUCAGAAACCAGAAGAAAAGUUAAUCUCUACACAGACUCAGAAUCGUUCCAGUUAUGGCAAUUUGGGCUGCUCUUUCUGCAAUCAAAUCAUUGAUGGAGACAUCAAGCUCAUCCUGAACGAACCGCCUGUGACCCUACAUCCAGAGUGCCUUCAGUGUGGCGUUUGCGCCAAGGCCCUUGGAGAUUUGCUGACCCUCAUAUUCUUGCAUGACAAAGUGAUCCAUUGUAACGACUGCUUCCAGAAAGCUGUUAAUGUUUGAAUACUACUGGGGACGAACGUGUCUCAAAGCUCACGGUGAAUAAUGUGCUGUCUGAGGAUCUGCACUGCCCGUGCUCUGUAUCCUGUGUGUGUAUUUUCUUUUCUAACWAUUUCUUUCUCUGGAAAUGAGGACAUACUGUAUAAUCUCAUGUUUAAGAAUUGUGUAAUUAAAAACCUUGGCAGCAGUAAUUACCCCUGUUGCCAAAAUGAAUCACUUCACAAUCAGCAAGUACAACUUUUAUUGCAACAUGUAUAUGGUUAAAAUAAAAUUACAAGUAAAUGCUUAAGA